UACGGCUCCAGACACCCAUUGGAGCAGCCCGCCACUUCCUCCUCUCUCAGACACCGGAGUGUCCCGGCUCUCUCCACACAACUUUUGCCCGGUCCUUUCCCUGUUUUCCCCGGUCUGGUUGUCUCUGCUCCCCGGUCAGUGCUGGGGCAGGGGGGGCGGGAGGUCUUCUCCUUGUCCCGGGUGCAGGGGGAGGUGUCCUGCCUGGAAGAUGAGGAUUGCUGCAGGGGAAAACCUCCUUCCCAGCCGCGGUGGCUGCUAUGAUCGCUCUGCCCCAUCCAUGGCCAGUUUAUGGGAUUGUUAGGAGGACGGAGCGUGUGACUGAUCUGCACAACAACCGGCAUCAACCCCAGGAGGACGGCAUUGUUCCCACCAGAGGGCUGUACAAUGGUGGAUGGUGGAGUAAUUAUUCCCAUUCUCAUAAUGGUAGCCUUUUCAUCUCCGAGCAUGGAAGAUGAGGAGGUAAAAGUGAAUUCCGGCCAAUAUAAAUGCGUGUGCGAGGGGAUCUCCUGCGGCAGUGGAGAUCACUGCUACGGACAGCAAUGCUUCGCCUCCCUCAGUAUAAACGAUGGCCUCUUGGUGUCUCAGAAAGGCUGCUUCCAGGUCUACGAGCAAGGCAGGAUGACCUGCAAGACUCCGCCAUCACCUGACCAGGCCGUGGAGUGCUGUCAGAGCGACCUCUGUAACAUGAACAUUACAGCCUACUUGCCAAGUAAAGGGAAAUCUCUGCAUGGCGAGGCCUUAAAUUACAGCGUGGAAACCCUAGCGAUAUUUGUCCUGGCACCAGUGAUUGUACUUAUAGUGCUUUCUGUUGUGGCCCUGCUGGUCUUCCGAAAAAUUCAGCAACGUCACAUGGAACGACUGAGUACACGAGAUGCAGAGUAUGGGACUAUAGAUGGGCUGAUAGCCUCCAACGUGGGGGACAGCACACUUGCGGAUCUGCUGGAUCACUCGUGUACGUCUGGCAGCGGGUCGGGGCUUCCUUUCCUGGUGCAGAGGACAGUGGCUCGGCAGAUUACUCUUGCAGAAUGUGUUGGUAAGGGCCGUUAUGGAGAAGUAUGGCGCGGGCACUGGCAAGGUGAAAGCGUUGCUGUAAAGAUCUUUUCGUCACGAGAUGAGAAGUCCUGGUUCAGGGAGACUGAAUUAUACAACACGGUGCUGUUAAGGCAUGAAAACAUUCUAGGUUUCAUCGCCUCAGAUAUGACUUCCAGAAACUCCAGCACACAGUUGUGGCUGAUCACGCACUACCAUGAAAUGGGAUCCCUCUACGACUACUUGCAAGUGACCACAUUGGACACGGUGACCUGUCUCCGAAUUGUCCUUUCCAUAGCCAGUGGAUUAGCACAUAUACAUGUGGAGAUAUUUGGCACACAGGGGAAACCUGCCAUAGCUCACCGGGAUUUAAAGAGCAAGAACAUUCUAGUAAAGAAGAACGGACAGUGCUGUAUAGCUGAUCUAGGAUUGGCUGUGAUACACUCACAAUCCACCAAUCAGCUCGAUGUCGGGAAUAACCCCCGCGUAGGAACCAAGAGAUACAUGGCUCCUGAAGUCCUUGAUGAGACCAUCCAAGUGGACUGUUUUGACUCUUACAAAAGAGUUGAUAUUUGGGCUUUUGGCCUGGUCCUCUGGGAGGUUGCCAGACGCAUGGUUAGCAACGGCAUCGUUGAAGAUUACAAACCUCCAUUUUAUGACGUUGUUCCUAAUGAUCCUAGUUUUGAGGAUAUGAAGAAGGUUGUUUGUGUGGAUCAACAAAGACCAAACAUUCCCAAUAGAUGGUUUUCAGACCCAACUCUAACAUCCCUUGCUAAACUGAUGAAGGAAUGCUGGUACCACAACCCAUCGGCAAGACUCACAGCCUUGCGCAUCAAAAAGACUUUAACCAAAAUUGACAAUUCCUUAGACAAACUGAAAUUGGACUGCUGAACAUCUACCAAGUCAGCACCACCACAAUAUUGUUAGUGCUGCAUGGAAAGGGACAACAUCCCCCAAACAUGCAAGAAAAUCCUCUGCACACAGAUAGACAAACUAAUGUCCCAGGGUGCGGUUUUAUCCUGACAAAGUGGGUCUGGACGGGAAAUAACGCUCAAGGUGGCGGUAAAUAACCGAUCUUUAUCGAGAGCUUCUGGGGAUCGAACGUGAAUAAAGUGAAACAAUAGAAAAGAAUCAUUGAGAUCUAUAUGAGAGAGUUCAGCACCAUGUACGACAGACUAGAUAAAACUAUGUAAAAAAACAGAUAUAAAGCAUAACAAGCAGGAAACCAAAUAGGUUCCCAUUGUUUAUUUCCCUGCCCACCCAUGUAGUGUCAUUGACCCCACCUUUCUGUCCAUUUUCCCCUUUGUCUGAAUACAAUUGCAUUUUGCAGCAUGCAGUUGAUUUUCUUGAUCGUGAACAUCAUUGAAAAUUUCAAAGAAAAAAAAAUGGAUUCACAUACAGUGCUUGCUUGCCGAGGUGUAUACUUUUUUUUUUUCGUGUUUUUAUUUUAUUUUUUAACUUUUUUUUUCAAACUGUAAAAACCGAACUUAAGACAAACCCGCCUUCAUGAGACAAUCCCGCCAUAGGACCUCACCAUAUUGGCCUGAAAAGUCUUAGCUUUCAAGUUAUUGGCUACUAAAACCGGUCACAAGGAUACAACCAAGCAUGGAAGGGGAUAAAAAAUAAAUUUUAGGCACCUACGGGCAUUAAGAUGAAUUUUUGGAAAAGGAAGAAGCAUUGUGACCCCCUCCCCCCCUCAGCCGUUCCUAAGGAAUUCACAUGGAUCUGUAGCGAAUUUUCUUUAGCAAUAUUUCGCGUGCGUCUCCGUUCUAUUGCACUAGAAAUUCUUUGCAUUCCUUGCUUGCACUGUAACGGUUUAAUUUUACGACAGAUGCCAAAUAUAUGGUCGGCCGCAGACGGAUCUGUAUUAUGAAUUACACCAGUUCAGUUCUGGGGAAUGAUUGACAAAAACAAAAAAAGAAGCCUAAAAUACAAGUUGUCAGCAUUGGGCUGGAUUUUAUACGUGUACUGAUGUUUACAAUAAUGCUGAACAUAAGAAUUAUUAUUAUUAUUAUUUUUUUUUUUUUUUUUGUAAUCUAUAAAAAAAAAAAAAAUUUCAAACUUAUUUAUUAUUGGUGCACUUAAGUUUCUGAAAAAAAACUAAACAGUGCAAAUGGCUACCGCUAUAUAUAUAUUUUUUUUGUUUUACUUCCAGCUCUUCACAACUCAUUUUGUAUCACAUGAUAAGGAAUAGACUUGUUUUCUGUAUGAUCACAUUGCAAUUUCACGUCGUGUACUAUUAUUUCUUCUCCAUCCCGAGAAGUGUGUGGUCUUGAGUUUAGAACUCUAUUCGGAAUCUGCUGUUGCUCUCCUCUUUCCCGCUCAUAUUUUACUGACAUAGGAAAUAAAAAAAUUUAAAAAAAAUUAUGUUUAAAAUUUCCAUAGCGAGGUGGGAAUGAAUGGGACAGUGCGGGGAGAGAUGCCUUUCUUUUAAGCGAUUAUAAUAUGUUGCAUUGUAAAACUCUGCCAGAAAAUAACUAUUUUGUUUUAAUCUACUUUUUGUAUUUAGUAGUUAUUUGUAUAAAUUAAAUAGAAUGUUUUGAAGACUAAAUUUAGU